UUGCUUAUUUUGGUUUUUGUAAAUUGGGAAAGGGAAAAUUUUUAACGUCCACCAUUACAGGACAGCCCAUGCUAUAUAUAGUUCUCUUAACUCAUAACCUGUCAACACCCUCCGACCAACGUCGUCUCCGGAUUCACAAUCCAACAUUUUCUCCUGUUUUUCCCCUCAAAAUUUAAAAAUAAAAAAAAAAUAAAAAAAAAUCCCACCAACACAUUCCCUUGAUUCCCUCUCUCUUUUUCCCUCUUGCUGCAAAUACACUUCUGAAUCCCCACGAUUCUUCCAUCUUUUCAGGGAUAUUCAGCCCAAUUUCUUUUGCUGUUUCUUCCAAUGGAUCAUCAUCAGGUAGCAAGUACAUGGUGGGUUUGUUGUUGUUGGGUUUGAAGGUGAUUCAAGAUCGGAUUUGUGCGUGAGAUUUUGUUUUUCUCAAUCUGUUUGGAAAAAGGAGAAAAAGGAAAUUUUUGUUUUGGGUGUGUGUUGUAUUUUUUGGAGGUGGUUAUGGAACAGAAGCACAUUUUUCUAUCUGCUUUGGGUGUUGGUGUUGGAGUUGGGGUUGGCCUUGGAUUGAGCUCUGGACAAGCUGUUGGGAAAUGGGUUGGAGGGAAUGGCUCUUCUGAUGAAAUUACAGGACAAAAGAUUGAACAGGAGCUGAUCAGGCAGCUGCUUGAUGGCAAAAACAGCAAUGUAACUUUUGCUGAGUUUCCUUAUUAUCUAAGCGAAAGGACUCGAGUCCUUUUGAUGAGUGCUGCAUAUGUUCAUUUGAAGCACUGUGACAUCUCCAAGCACACCAGGAAUCUUUCGCCAGCAAGUCGGGCUAUUUUGCUUUCAGGACCAACAGAACUUUACCAGCAGAUGCUUGCCAAGGCACUGGCGCAUCACUUUGAGUCAAAGUUGCUGUUGUUAGACGUCUCUGACUUUUCUUUAAAGAUGCAGAGCAAAUAUGGUUGUCCCAAGAAAGAAUCUUCAUUCAGGAGGUCGAUCUCUGAGGUGACAUUGGAGCGAAUGUCUAGCGUUUGGGGUUCCUUUUCAAUUCUUCCUACAAGUGGAAAUACUAGGGGAAACCUCAGAAGGCAAAGCAGUACCACCGACAUUCAAUCGAGAUGCACGGAUAGCUCGUCUAAUCUUCCAAAGCUUCGGAGAAAUGCUUCUGCUGCUUCUGAUAUUAGUAGUAUCUCAUCAAACUAUGGUUCAACAAACUCAGCUUCCGCCAAGCGCACAAAUACUUGGUGCUUUGAUGAGAAACUUUUUCUUCAGUCACUUUAUAAGGUCCUGGUGUCGGUAUCAGAAACUAGUUCCAUAAUUUUGUAUCUGAGAGAUGUUGAGAGACUUCUUCUUAAGUCACAGAGGAUGUACAAUCUGUUCCAUAGAUUUCUGAACAAGCUCUCAGGAUCAGUUUUAGUUCUUGGUUCUCGAAUGGUAGAUGUGGAAAAUGAUUGUGGCGAUGUUGACGACAGACUGACCAAUUUAUUCCGGUAUAGUGUUGAAAUUCGACCCCCUGAAGAUGAGAACCAUCUUGUGAGCUGGAAAGCUCAAUUGGAAGAGGACAUGAAGAUGAUUCAGUUCCAAGAUAAUAAAAACCACAUCGCCGAAGUACUUGCUGCAAAUGAUCUUGAAUGUGAUGAUCUUGGUUCAAUUUGCCAUGCAGACACUAUGGUUCUCAGUAAUUAUAUUGAAGAAAUUGUUGUGUCGGCGAUAUCUUAUCAUUUGAUGAACAACCGGGAUCCAGAAUACCGAAAUGGAAAACUUCUGAUAUCUUCCAAGAGUUUAUCCCAUGGAUUGAGUAUAUUCCAGGAAGGCAAUAGUGAAGGAAAAGACACUCUAAAGCUUGAGACAAAUGCAGAAUCAUCAAAGGAAGCCCAAAGAGACGAAGCCGUUGGGGCAAAGACUGAAUCUAAAUCUGAAAAUCCAGCUGCAGAGGCAGAGAAAUCUGUUCCCAUAGUGAAAAAAGAUGUUGAAAAUGUGCCUCCACAAAAAGCACCUGAAAUUCCUCCCGACAACGAAUUUGAAAAGCGUAUAAGACCUGAAGUUAUCCCUGCAAAUGAAAUUGGGGUCACAUUUGCAGAUAUUGGUGCUAUGGAUGAAAUCAAAGAGUCCUUACAGGAGUUAGUCAUGCUUCCUCUUCGACGACCAGACCUCUUUAAGGGUGGACUUCUUAAACCUUGUAGAGGCAUCCUGCUUUUCGGCCCUCCUGGAACGGGUAAAACAAUGUUGGCAAAGGCCAUUGCUAACGAAGCUGGAGCAAGUUUCAUCAAUGUUUCAAUGUCCACAAUCACUUCUAAAUGGUUUGGAGAAGAUGAAAAGAAUGUCCGUGCAUUGUUUACGCUCGCAGCAAAAGUCUCACCUACAAUUAUUUUUGUCGAUGAAGUCGAUAGCAUGCUCGGCCAAAGGACUAGAGUGGGAGAGCACGAGGCCAUGCGAAAGAUUAAAAAUGAAUUCAUGUCACAUUGGGAUGGACUCCUGACUAGGAAUGAUGAGCGAAUACUAGUUCUUGCUGCGACCAACAGGCCAUUUGACCUUGACGAAGCAAUCAUUCGGCGAUUUGAACGUCGAAUUAUGGUUGGUCUUCCUUCAGUGGAGAGCAGGGAAUUGAUAUUAAGAACUCUUCUAUCAAAGGAGAAGGCUGAAGAUCUUGAUUUCAAGGAGCUUGCAACUAUGACAGAAGGAUACAGUGGAAGUGAUCUCAAGAACUUGUGUGUGACUGCAGCUUAUCGGCCUGUUCGGGAGCUCUUGCAACAAGAGAGAUUGAAAGAUUUGGAAAAGAAGCAGAGAGAGAGAAAGGAGAAGGAGAAGGAGGAGGAGAUGGAAAAGGAGAAGCAGAAGGAGGAGAAGGAGACUGAGACCAAGAAUGAGACCGGGAACGAGAAUGAGAAGAAGGAGAAGGAAAAUAAUUCGGAAGAAGUUACUGGUACAAAAGAGACGGAACAAGAUAAACAAGCGAUCAUUCUGAGGCAUCUAAAUAUGGAUGAUAUGAGGCAGGCCAAAAAUCAGGUUGCUGCAAGUUUUGCUUCGGAGGGAUCAGUUAUGAAUGAGUUGAAGCAAUGGAAUGAUUUGUAUGGAGAGGGAGGUUCAAGAAAAAAGCAACAACUUACAUACUUCUUAUAGUAGAACCAAGCAUCCUAUCUAAAAACGUAAAAGCAAGCAGAUGUGAACUUCGGUGGAAAAAAUGAAAUGCCUUUCAGGUGCAAAAUCAAGAGAUUUGGGAAACUCUUCUAGCAUUAAAGAUCUAUUCUAGCAAUGAGUCAACCCAUGUGGGACAAGUUCAUCACCUAUUAUGCAGUAACGUUCCAAUGGUAUCUGUCAUUUGUUUCGAGUCAUAAUGGUUAAGGAAAGGGUAAUGAAUGAACUCUUAGGCACCGUUCAAACCGUUUGCCUCGUAUCAUUGAAAGAUUUUAGUUGCGAUGUUUUCAAGUACCCGGCACUAGGAGAUGUAUUAUGAAAAUGUGGAGCAGAUAGAUUUGUUUGAUAUAUUUCGGACCAUGGGAAACAUACCAUAGGAUUUGUACAUCAUUUAUCUGUAAUUUUUAUGCAUUCAAACUAUAAAGGUUGUAGAGUUUGUAUCAUAAAUUACUUGAGCUUUCCUUUA